AUGGAAGAUUCCCAGGAGACAUCGCCUUCUUCCAACAACUCUUCGGAGGAGCUCAGCUCUGCCCUGCAGCUGUCGAAGGGAAUGUCUAUCUUCCUCGACAUACUGAGAAGAGCAGACAAAAAUGAUGAUGGGAAGUUGUCCUUUGAAGAAUUCAAAGCCUAUUUUGCAGAUGGUGUUUUGAGUGGGGAAGAAUUGCAUGAGCUCUUCCAUACCAUUGAUACACACAAUACCAACAAUCUCGACACAGAAGAACUAUGUGAAUAUUUUUCUCAGCACCUUGGAGAAUAUGAAAAUGUCCUGGCAGCCCUAGAAGACCUAAACCUUUCCAUCUUAAAGGCGAUGGGCAAAACAAAGAAAGACUACCAAGAGGCCUCCAACUUGCAACAGUUUGUAACUAGGUUUUUGUUGAAGGAGACCUUGAACCAGCUGCAGUCUCUGCAGAAUUCCCUGGAGUGUGCCAUGGAAACCACAGAGGAACAAACUCGCCAAGAAAGGCAAGGCCCAACCAAACCAGAAGUCCUGUCGAUUCCAUGGCCUGGUAAACGAUCCAGUCGCAGAGUCCAGAGACACAGCAGCUUCUCUCCCAACAGCCCUCAGUUUCACACGAGUGGCCCAGGCCUGUUAGAGGAAGACAACCAGUGGAUGACCCAGAUAAACAGACUCCAAAAGCUAAUUGAUCGGCUGGAGAAGAAGGAUCUAAAGCUUGAGCCUCUGGAGGAAGAAAUUUGUGAAGGAAAUACUAAAUCACAUAUCCUCCUUGUUCAGCGUCAGAUGUCUGUGGUAGAGGAAGACUUGGAAGAAUUCCACCUGGCUCUGAAACAGUAUGUGGAAAGUGCUUCCUCGCAGAGUGGGUGCCUAUAUGUUUCUAUUCAGAAGUUUUCAAAUGAAUCUCGCUUUAUAGUUUAUGAGUUCUGGGAGAAUAGCAGCAUGUGGAAUAGCCACCUUCAGAUGAAUUACAGCAAGGCAUUCCAAAGGAGCAAUGUGGAUUUCUUGGAAACUCCAGAACUCACGUCUACUAUGCUAGUUCCUGCUUCAUGGUGGGUGCUGAACAACAACUAGAUGCCUUCAUUGUUCCAAGUAAACAAUGAAGUUUACAUUUAACAAGCAUUAUGUACUUAUCUGUGGCUAUUAAUCUACUAUAUAUUUGAAUUCAAUGUUCCCUUUAACAUGUACUUUUUUCUAACCUGUGUGUUCUAGUCCUUCCUUGUGCAAAUUUUAGCUAAAAUUUUUAAAUUUGAUUCUUCUGUUAACUAUUUUCAUGGUAAU